CCAUUUAAAGCCCACAAAUCAGAUUUUGGUGAAGAAAAGCAGACGCGUAGUUCCACCAUCACGAAUAAUUUGAGAUUUCGGAAGCUUCGUCUGAUUUGGGAAUUUAGGGUUUUCUUUCUCCGAAGACGACUCCAAAGGACAAACAGUGAUUCGCCAAUGACGCUGCCUCCAGGACUUUACUCCGGCACCAGCUCUCUUGCUCUCGUGGCUCGCGCUUCGGCUUUUGGUAUCGGCCUCGUCUAUGGCAACAUGAAGCUCAAGGUCUUGAAGAUAAGAGCCAAGUCACCAAAGAUGGUUGAAGCCAAUGCUCAUCAUUAAACAUUCUUGUCUCUUUACAAUAAGAAGCCAAAAGCUUGGGGGGUGAUGUCUCCCCGGUUAGCAAUUUUUUUUUCUCAUGAUUCAUUUUUACGAUAAAAAGUAACAAAAUUUGUGUUUGGAAAGUAUCUUAUACGGUUUUGUGACAUUUUCGGAGCCAAAAUUGCCAUUCGUUUGAAACCCGAGUCAAGAACAUCUUUCAUUUUGUUGUCAUCCAAGAUUAUUCACAUUCACUGCUCACCUCUUUGACAUAUUCACUAUAAUAUAACAGUUAAGGUUCUCAAUGUCGUGAUUUUUUCCCA